AAAUGGAAAUUUUGAAUAGUUUCAAUUCCAAUGGAUAGUGUCCGCUGAGAGAUGGAAUUUUUUAAUCAUAUUAUUACGUCACUUUGCAUUAAUAAAAUCGUAUAUCUCAAAUGACAAAUUUGUGUCAACGUAUUACACUAUUUUUAACAUGCGAUCGCAGCGCUCGCCGAUUGUUAUGCUCCGAUUAUCGCUUGCCAACGCGUUUGGAAAUAAUCAAUAAACUGACGUACGUGUCACAACGCAAUAGAAAAUGAUUCUGUCAAGAGCUAAGCCAGCUUUAUCGGACGGUGUGGUCCGAACAUCAGCGUUACGCAAGGAAAUACCAAAGCUAGAGGAGUUUUUGCAAAAACGCGACUAUACGGGGGCCCUGACAUUAUUGGAAUUCAAUAGCAAUACUAAUAGUAAUUUAGAAACGGACCUGUGGAUAGGAUAUUGCGCGUUUCAUUUGGGCGAUUACAAACGUGCAGCGACAGUCUAUGAGAAUUUGAGGAAAAAGGAUCACAUGCCAGCUGAUGUCACGACAAAUCUGGCAUGUUGCUACUUUUAUUUAGGAAUGUAUCCCGAGUCACAGAAGAUGUUGGAAGAUGCGGCUGAUAGCAAAUUAAAAACUAGAUUGUUGUUUCACUUGGCUCACAAGAUGGGCAAUGAAUCGAAAUUAAUGGAGUACCAUCAAAUGCUGCAGGAUGUAAUUGAGGAUCAGCUCAGCCUAGCUUCUAUUCAUUAUCUACAGGCUCAUUAUCAAGAAGCUAUUGAUGUAUAUAAAAGAAUUUUGCUGGACAAUAGGGAUUAUCUAGCUUUAAAUGUAUACGUAGCUCUGUGCUAUUACAAGCUGGAUUACUACGAUGUAGCUCAAGAAGUGUUACAAGUCUACUUACAAAAGUAUCCAGAUAGCGCGAUCGCGAUUAAUCUGAAAGCAUGCAAUCAUUUUCGGUUGUACGAUGGGAAUGCGGCACAGACUGAGAUGAAGCAACUCAUUGAAAAGAUAUCGAGUUCCUUCAGUUCUGGACAUGAUCUUAUACGUCAUAACACAGUCGUAUUCAAAAACGGUGAAAAUGCUUUGCAAAUUCUACCGAAUCUGGUGGAUGUCAUACCAGAAGCCAGACUUAAUCUAGUAAUAUAUUAUUUGAAACAAGACGACGUCAAGGCGGCCUAUGACCUGAUCAAAGAUCUAGAGCCUGCGGUUCCACAGGAAUACAUCUUGAAAGGCAUAGUUAAUGCCGUUAUGGGUCAGGAAACCGACUCUCGUGACAGUAUCAAAACGGCACAACAAUAUUUUCAACUGGUGGGUUCUUCAGCGUCAGAGUGCGAUACCAUACCUGGUAGACAGUGCAUGGCCUCCUUCUUCUUCCUAUAUCGGCAGUUUGACCGCGUCCGACUAUAUCUCAAUUCGAUAAAGACAUACUUUUCCAAUCAGGAUAACUUCAACUUUAACUACGCCCAAUCGCAAACCGGAGCGGGCUACUUCAAGGAAGCGGAGGAAGCUUUCCUCAUGAUACGUAAUGAAAAGUAUAAGAACGAUUACAUCUAUAUUAGUCUUCUGUCGUAUUGUUACAUAAUGAAUAAGAAGGCCGAACUAGCUUGGGAAUUGUAUCUGAAAAUGGAUACGUCGGUCGAAUCAUUUAAUCUACUUCAGUUAAUAGCCAACGCGUGUUACAAGGUAGGCGAAUUCUGGUACGCCGCUAAGGCCUUUGAUAUGCUGGAACGCAUGGAUCCGACUCCUGAACAUUGGGAAGGAAAGCGCGGCGCGUGCUGCGGUACUUUUCAAUACAUCGUCGCGGAGAAGUUACCCAAAGAGUUGCUGUCAGAGGUGAUACAGCUUCUUAAAAACACGUCAAAUUCCCAAGUAGAACAGAUAAUACGCGUUAUGCGUAAAUGGGGCAAAGAUAACAGAGCCAAUUGUUAACAUAUCUUCGAACGUUAUCGAUUCCAUUCAAAAGUGCCUUUUACGAUAAUCGUUUUAUAAAAUAAUAAUAAGCAAAAAUAAAGUAGGUAAUAUGCUUAAUGAUAGUUGUAUGUGAUACACCUGUUUUAAUGAAGAGUUAUAAUAUAUGUAUAUAUUGUAUUUUAUGUGCAUAUAUAAAUAUAAAAUAUCAAAAAAUCCUCG